GCCGAUCGCGGAAAUUCACGAAGCUGCACACCCGCGAAUAAACGGCGACGCUGAUCGACGUAUCGCACGAAAACGCGCGGCAGACUAUUGCCACUUAUCGCGCGUUGGCAGUCUUAGGAAGAAAGAGACGAUUGUAUCGUCGCAUUGGAAGUUUGUGGAAUAAACAAUGGUGCUUUUUAACUAAUCGACGUGGCAUUCCAUUUCUGUAAACCUCUGCAAGUCCUCGUCAUUUCCAGUUUACGUGAUAGGCAUAGAGAUGUUAAGGAAACAGUUCUUUUACAAUGUCGAGAGGCAGGUUUCCCUAUGGAAAUCAACUAUGGAAUCAAAAAAUAUUGCGAAAGACCUGGACUGAAUACAGUGAAUCACCUCUUCGUGGCGCGUAGUUAUUCCUCCCAAUGUUUGGAACUGGUUGUCGAAGCAGCACUUUUCGUCUCCGUGUUACAUUAUUUAUAGCCCUGUGGCUAAGCCUUUGAAUUUCAAGUUUAUUAUCGUCUAAAACGAAAUCUUCCGAUGGCAUUAGCGAGUGUUUGACGAACACCAACAGCAAUUACUCGAAUGUAUCCUUCUGAAUGAGAUAAAAAAAUAAGGACCAUUUUGGUGUGCAAAUAUGUUGUCAUCGGACUCGAAGAAGACGAUGUUUGCAAUCUCUAGUGCUACCACCUCUUGUACGCGUAAUUUAAUACAGCGUCUGGAUAACAAGUACAGUACAAAAAAGGAUGUAGUACAUUAGCACCUCCGUCUACAAUUCCAUCCGAAAAUGCUUGGAAAGGAUCGAAACAUGGGGGCGUCGCGUUUUAUCUGCAGAAUCGAAUUUCAUGGGGCGUCUGAUAAUCGUGCCAUCACGAUGCGAGGAUUCGUUCAGUCGACUUGCGGCUGUUGGCUCAUUUCAAUCACCAAAAUGGAAAUAUUAACGGUGCUCGGUUUCCUCGCCAUCCUUCAACUGGAUUCUACCGCAGUAACUGUCGCUGUGGAUUUGGACGGUUUAUGGUCUUCGUGCAAAGAUUCUGUCCGCUCAACGCCCAUGAUGGAGCUGAAGAAGUACCUUUUCUGCCAAUACGACAGCACUGUACGACCAGUCACCUCUCACAAGGAUAUCAAUAACGUGACUUUGAAGUUGAUACCGAAGAUCCUAGAGUUUAACGAAUUCGAGAACAAGAUGAUCCUGCACAGCUGGAUGACGCUCGUUUGGAUGGACAGCCAUCUGACUUGGACGCCCAGCAAGUACGACGGGAUCCAAUACAUCCACGUGAAAAGCAGCGAGAUAUGGGUGCCUGACCUCUCGAUAUACAAUUCGGGUGACAUGUCGGACGACCAGAGCAUCCCUCCGACGACGUGCUUGAUCUUCAGUUCGGGGAAGGUGAGCUGCGUGCCGUCGAUGAAGCACAUCGCCAAGUGCUCCACGAAUUACGCUUCGUGGCCUUACGACAGACAUCGUUGCCGAAUUAAUUUUGGCUCUUGGUCCCACUCUGGCGAAGAAGUGGACUUCCACUUGGACGAGAAAGGGUAUCAAAUGGCUGGUUACACGAACAAUAGCCUGUGGGAUUUCCAAGUGGAGCAAGCGUACAAGGUCGUGAAGAUGUACAGCUGCUGCCCGAACGACACCUACCCCAUGAUCGUUUAUAUGUUUUCUAUAACUCGGCAUCACGGGGUCCUGCAAAUCGCAUACGUAACUCCUGCAAUUGCCAUGAUGUUGCUGACGUUAACUGUCCUGUGGUUGGACUCGAGAUCGACGGAACGCAUAGCAGUAGCCAGCGUUAAUUUGAUUUGCCACAUGCUCUGCAUAUUCGACAUGCACUGGCAGCUACCACACAACGGCACAAACCCGCCUAAUUUACUACUGUAUUAUCGCGACUCCUUGGCCUUGGCUGUGUUCGCCUUAAUCCUGACUGCCUUGCUACGCAAAAUGCUCACGAUGAACAUCGAAGUGCCCCAUUGGGUCUCCUCGACAACGUCUUUCGUCCUCAGCAACAGAGCUGGACGUUUCCUCGUCCUUGGCGAGGAGGAUUCGAACAGAAUCCUCGGCGCGGAGAUGGACGACAAUAUGGACUCUCCCAAAACCGAGGCAACGUCGAAAGAAUCAUCGUGGAGACAGCUCGCAGCCAUAAUCGAGUGGCUGUCCUUCUUUGUCGUAGUGAUCACCUACGUCAUCUUGCUGUUCACCCUCAUCCCUUCGUCAGAGUCCACCAAGUCACAAUGUGCUUAUAUAAAUAUAGAGUUCCUCGAGUCAUAUGUGAUCCAUACAAACUUGGAAGUUAACGCAGGCAUUUUGGAGACAUUAAAUAAAUCGCGUGUCAGCUGGCUCGAUUUGUCCUCGCGAACGAAAAUGAAGAGCCUCCUUUUCGUCUGUCUCGUGGUCCUCAGCAUCUCGCGUCAAGCAGCGUACGACUAUACAUAUCCGACAUCUUGCAAAGAUAUCACGAAUAGUCCUAUGAUGCGUCUCAGGCAAUGUCUGCUUGAAGCGUACCAAGAGGCGUAUGACGCGAACGUUAGACCCAGCAAAGACCACAAAAAAGCCACUAAUGUCAACUUCGAGUUGGAGAUACGCCAUUUCACAGUCGAUGAAUACUCGAGCACGGUAGACCUGCACGUCUGGACGAGAUGGGAAUGGACAGAUGACUUCUUGAAGUGGACACCAUCGGAAUUCGACGAUAUCGACUCGUUGAAAGUACUGAGCGACCAGAUUUGGACACCCGACAUCACGACGCACAGCGCGUCGAUCGCGGGCGCCGAUGCUGAAAUGCCACUAAGUCAAUGCUGGAUAUUCCAUAGAGGAACAGUAUUUUGCGCGCCAAAAAUGUUGUUCACGACGCAAUGCGAGUCAGAUUACUCAUGGUGGCCUUACGACGCGAUGAAUUGCACUCUUGAACUUGCCUCUUGGGCUCAUUCCACUCAAGAUUUGAAACUUCAGUACCUAUUGGUCAAGCAGGAGGAGAUGUUGAUAGAACUGGAUGAACUUAAUUCACAAUGGGAAAUAUACAAAUUUACCAUAAACGGGCACGAAACAGAAUCAAAAUUCAAUUCCAGUUCGACAUCUGAGGUGAUGACUAGUGUGAUAUCUUAUAACAUCGUCUUGCAAAGACACGCUAAGAUUCAUAGCGCGAUCUUCGUGACGGUCGUCACAGUGCUUAUGUCAAUGACGCUGGUCACACUUUGGCUGGAUCCAAAAUCCAGCGAACGGAUGAUAGUCGCGAAUUUGAAUUUCGUUUUUCAUUUGCUCGGCUUGCUGGACUUGCAAUGGAGGAUUCCCUUCAAUGGAAAUCGUAUUCCAAAAUUAAUUCUCUUUUAUCAUAAUUCGUUCAUGUUGGCUACCUUCUCGCUUAUUCUGACCACCAUUUUGCGUCACUUGCAAGAAUUAACCGUUGACGCACCUUUGUGGAUAUCGUCAACCUCGGUUUUAAUUUUGAAGAGUAGAGUGGGCCAAAUACUUUUGGUGAGCUUCUUAGAUCCAAAACAAUCUGCCAGAAUUGAGUUAAGCUCGGACGAUAACACUAACCUCGUGUCUAUCGAUAAGAGAGAGUCUACUUGGAGGUACACGUCGAUUAUAAUUAGUUGGCUCGCGUUUUCGAGUAUUUUAUUCGCGUAUAUAAUUAUGUUGAUUGUUUUCAUUCCAACGAGUAUAUCUUCAAAUCCCUAUGACAUGCAUACCCCAACCAAGAAGAAAUAAAACUAUAUACAAUCUUCAUGUACAAAUAUAACACUUUCAACGAAUACACGAAUAAUUAAUAGAUAAGGGAUGAUUGGAAUGUUUAAUAAAAUUCGUCUCUGUGUA